AUGUUAUCAUAUGGCUUGCGAGAACCUAAUAGGUGUGUUGAAGAUGAUGUGAAAUCUGAAAUCUCCAUAGAAGAUCGUCUUAUGGGAUUGCGGUCGAUGUUCCAUGGACCGGUCUUGUUUCCCAACCAGCUUAUGAGCUCAGGUAAAGAAUAUCUGGCAUGCUCUCACUAUCUGAGACGUUGCAGUGCAAUUAAUAGUUCGCCAUUCGAUCCCACCACGAUCUCUGUCUCCUCAUACACGACCUUGCCACACGAUUCGCCACCAGUGGCGUCGUCACCGACGCUAAGCUGUGCUGUGUGUGGUGACGUAAGCAGCGGAAAGCACUACGGAAUUCUCGCAUGUAACGGCUGUUCGGGUUUUUUUAAACGAUCUGUUCGUCGCCGACUUAUAUACCGAUGUCAAGCUGGCACUGGAAGCUGCAUUGUGGACAAAGCCCACAGGAAUCAAUGUCAGGCGUGUCGACUGAAAAAGUGUCUCAGCAAAGGAAUGAAUAAGGACGCAGUACAAAAUGAACGACAACCACGUAACACCGCCACUAUUCGUCCAUCAAUCGACAUGGAUCCUCAGAAUUUCUUAAGAGAAUACGCCGGAGCAGUAUCAGCCGUUUUAUCACAACCAGAACUACCACCUCGAGAAGAGUCCCCAAUGAGUGCAAUUAGUGAUGUGAGAGCUGAGGAUGAAAGGAAGGAAGCGUUUCCUGACACACCUGGUAAAAUCCUCGAGCUCUCACUUCUCUGGACUCAAGCCGUUCCAUCAUUUCGUUCUCUAAGCGACUCAGAGAAGGUAAUUGUUUCUAAAUGCUUCUAA